CCAUAUUUUAGCAAACCACCUUGCUUACGGAAAUAAUAUGGCUGCCUCAGCGGAGGCUAUCCGACCGAAGUUAAUUGCACACAAUUUAUCGAAAGAGCCAUGAAUAAGUAUAGGAAUCAGGGAGAUACAAACGACGGGCUUGUUAUUUGCACUUGUUGAGAAGGAGCUGCGAAAACUCCCUGACAACACACUGGCUGGCUUGAGAAGUUUGGAGUCUGCGCCUUGGUUAAAGUACCUGGGUCGGGAUGCACUGCUGGAGAUAAACUCUGCAGAACGGUGGACGCGGAAGUUUGACAAAUAAUUGAAUACCAAGGGUUGGGUGGACAUUUAGCCAAAACUUCAUUAAUGUUGUCACUAUUGACUCAAACAAGACGACAACGUACUCAGUCCGAAGUUAUCGUUGGUUAUUAGCAAGUUAGCUAGUUAGACAGAUGUUGACUGUUCCGAUGUGUGUUUCCAGGUUCUCGAACGCCAUCUAGCAAGCAAGGCUAGCUCCACGGUUAGCUGUAACUAGCAUUCCAACAAAGUGUUGCACGAGCACUCUUGCAUCUUCAAAGCUACUGAAUAACAUUCUUCAGUUGUCUGCAAACUAGCUCAUUGAAUGAGUGUUUAAACCUUUUAUAUUAGCCACUGGCUUUACCAGAAAGCUAUCAUCUAAGUAAUGCGAACUAGUUAAGUUUCCCAUGAUUGCUCAUCAAACACAGUUUAGCCCGUACUAGUGCCUUUUGUCAUGCACAAGUGUGGCCUGAAAAGCACGAGAGAUGGCCACAGAGGGAUAUGACCGCAAAACGAGCUAAAUGUCAAAUAUACAUUUUAAGGCCUGUCAAAUGAGUGGAUUGCAUGGAGAUGAAAACCAAUACGUUUGUUAAAGGGCACAAUGAGAAAACAUAUCUAGUUAUUGUAGUCUAGGAGGAAGUUGCUACAGGGCCAUGUGCAGUAUUGACAUGAUCACAACUGUUGUACAACAUGUAGCCGGUAUUUGACUAGGCAAGUGUUAUAUGACCAGUGUCUGCAGAGAUAUUGUAUUGGGACGACCAGGAUUGGUGCCUGUAGCUGUCUACCGCGGUUGCUAACUCUAUGAACCAUUUUACCAGAUAUGGAACUGAGGUUUCUCAGCUCAGCUGGUAAAUGUAGGAAUUGUGCCUUUUCUAUAAUUCUGUGUAGUUCCCCAUCUUGAUAGUAGCUUUCUCAGUUGUUCUCGAGUCCUCUUUACUUUUAAAGCAACAAUGUCGAUGGAGCACAGUAGUGGCUUAGGCCUGCAUUAUGUUAUUUCAUGCUGGAUGAAUGUAAGUCAUCACGAUUAGUCCUUGGAUCAACAUUGUCUUUUGAUUGGGCCUCCAGUAUUCUUCUGACUGCCUUCGUCUUACAAAUAAAACCCACAAGUGCCAUUAGAGACCUUCUCUAACAGUAACAGAAACAACCAAAGCAGUCAAUGCAUGAUAAAGAGGGAGGAAUUUGAGUAAUAAGGACCAGCCUGCCCAUUCGCCAUUGCAUUGACCUCCAUCCAAAACUCCUGCAUUGGUGUCAGUGGUGGGAUGCAGAAGUGAGCAUCUCCCGCCGCCUCCACUUUCCAGUCAUCACCGCACCAGGAGAGACCAAACUGACUGAGGGAAAUCGCACCACGGAGGGGUUCCCUGCUCUCCUCCUCCUACCCACCAGGUUCUCUACACCCAGGUGGUGAGAGAGCCCAGUUUGGUGACCCGGCUGCGGCCUGGCACCCUGCCCUUAUGGGGCAGCAGCCGGGGAAAUUUGUUGGGGACCAGAGGAGACCGAGUCUGCCAGCGCUGAAUUUCAUCAAGGGAGGGAAGAGGGAGUCAUCACGGCAUGGAGCCCAUCACUGUAACGUGUUCGCUGUGCACGAAGCUCUCCAGAGACCAGACUUUGAGCCCCAGGGUCUGACCGAAGCGGCCCGCUGGAACUCCAAAGAAAAUCUUUUGGCCGGACCCAGCGAGAAUGACCCCAACUUGUUUGUUGCUCUUUAUGACUUUGUGGCCAGUGGGGACAACACUCUCAGCAUAACUAAAGGAGAGAAGCUGCGAGUUUUGGGUUAUAACCAUAAUGGGGAGUGGUGCGAGGCGCAGACCAACCACGGCCAGGGCUGGGUGCCCAGUAACUACAUCACCCCGGUCAACAGCCUGGAGAAGCACAGCUGGUACCAUGGGCCUGUGUCGCGCAACGCAGCAGAGUACCUGCUCAGCUCUGGUAUCAACGGCAGCUUCCUGGUCAGGGAGAGCGAGAGCAGCCCUGGGCAGAGGUCUAUCUCACUGCGCUACGAGGGACGCGUAUACCACUACAGGAUCAAUACAGCCUCCGACGGGAAGCUAUACGUGUCAUCUGAGAGUCGUUUCAACACCCUGGCAGAGCUGGUGCACCACCACUCCACGGUGGCUGACGGCCUCAUCACCACGCUGCACUACCCAGCGCCCAAACGCAACAAGCCCACCAUCUACGGCGUGUCACCCAACUAUGACAAGUGGGAGAUGGAGCGUACCGACAUCACCAUGAAGCACAAGCUGGGAGGAGGGCAGUAUGGAGAGGUCUACGAGGGGAUCUGGAAGAAGUACAGCCUCACCGUGGCCGUCAAGACCCUCAAGGAGGACACCAUGGAGGUGGAGGAGUUCCUAAAGGAGGCUGCUGUCAUGAAGGAGAUCAAACACCCCAACCUGGUACAGCUACUGGGCGUGUGCACGCGGGAGCCCCCGUUCUACAUCAUCACAGAGUUCAUGACCCAUGGCAACCUGCUGGACUACCUGAGGGAGUGUAACAGGGAGGAGGUGAACGCUGUGGUGCUGCUCUACAUGGCCACGCAGAUCUCCUCCGCCAUGGAGUACCUGGAGAGGAAGAACUUCAUCCACAGGGACCUAGCAGCCCGUAACUGUCUGGUAGGGGAGAACCACCUUGUGAAGGUGGCAGACUUUGGGCUGAGCAGGCUGAUGACGGGGGACACGUACACGGCCCACGCUGGGGCCAAGUUCCCCAUCAAGUGGACUGCCCCGGAGAGCCUGGCCUACAACAAGUUCUCUAUCAAAUCUGACGUCUGGGCGUUUGGAGUGUUGCUAUGGGAGAUCGCCACCUAUGGGAUGUCUCCGUACCCUGGCAUAGACCUCUCCCAGGUGUAUGAGCUCCUAGAGAAGGACUACCGCAUGGACCGGCCGGAGGGCUGCCCAGAGAAGGUCUACCAGCUCAUGAGGGCCUGCUGGAAGUGGAACCCUGCGGAACGGCCCUCCUUUGCAGAGACCCACCAGGCCUUUGAGACCAUGUUUCAGGAAUCCAGCAUCUCUGACGAGGUGGAGAAGGAGCUGGGGAAGAAAGGGAAGAAGGUGACACUGGGCCCCAUCCAACAGGCUCCACAGCUGCCCACCAAGACCAGGACCCUCCGUAGGAAUGUGGACAGAGACGGAGACAGCCCUGACGCCGUGGAGCCGGAGGUGGCUGUGUCCCCCAUGCUCCCAAGGAAAGAACGUCCGUUCCUGGACAGCAACCUGAACGAGGACGACCGCCUCCUGCCCAAAGACAAGGACAAGUCCCGCAACAGCCUCUUCAACCUCAUCAAGAAGAAGAAGAAGACUGCGCCCGCCCCGCCCAAACGCAGCAGCUCUUUCAGGGACAUGGACGGACACGCGGAGAGACUGGGGCUAGCGCCCGACCCCCGAGACGACUUCAACAACGUCUCUUCAGCCUUCAGUGUUACAUAUACCAUCGACCCCAGCAAGUUCCCGAGUGCUAACAACAAUGGGGUAGGGGGUAUUACCAACGGGGGCCCCACCUACCCAGGGCCCCUGUUCUACCCGCAUCAUGCCAGGAAGAAAGGUACGCCGGUGGUGCCCAGUGUAGUGGGUAAAACACCCAAUGAGGAGGAUAUAGUCUCUAACUCCAAGCGUUUCCUGCGCUCCUCCUCGGCCUCUAGCAUGCCCCCGGGCUCAGAGCGCACUGAGUGGAAGUCAGUCACGCUGCCACGCGACCUGCAUAAAGGCCACUUUGACUCGGGAACCUUUAGGAGCAAGCCCGCCCUGCCACGCAAGAGGGCCAACGAGAAGCCAGAGAUCAGCGCCCCUCGCAUGGGCACCCUGACCCCCCCGCCCCGCCUGCCCAAGAAGACAGAGGACAUGUCAGACGAGGUGUUUAAGGACGCUGAGCCCAGCCUCCUGACGCCCAAGCUUGGCAGAAGGCUUUUAGUGUUGGGGGUAGACAACUCCAAGACCAGCGCCCUGCAGGCCGAGCUGCUCAAGCCCAACGUGUUCCCUGCUUUGGGGGCAGCUGGGGAUGAGUGCAGGGCCCGCCGCCACAAACCCAACCUGGACUCCUCCGGCCCCAGGGAGAGAGGCAAGUUCCAGAAGACCAAACCUGCUCCCCCUCCACCCCCCAGUGCCAAGAGCUCCCGCAGCCCCACCCACGAGCUCCCCUCACCCACAGAUGCCAAAGCCAAGGCCUCAGACCCCCACUACCCAUCUAGCUUCAGUGACCAAGUCCGCUCUCCCCUGGAGGCCCACAAGAAACUCAACCUCAACACCACUUCCUACAAACCACAGCCAUUAAAGACCUCCUCCUCUUCAGUGUCUGGCUCUACCUCCAGCCCCCUGGGUUUCUCCUCCCUCAACUCCCCAGGAGACCAGGCCUCUCCCACAGCCUUUAUCCCCUUGAUGAACACCCGCCGCUCCCUGAGGAAGACACGUGCGCUCCCGGAGCGCCAACCCAACUCGGCCAUCACCAGGGAGAUGGUCCUGGAGGGCACGGACCUGCUGCGCACCGCCAUCGGACACAACUCUGAGCAGACAGGCAGCCACAGCGCCGUGCUGGAGGCGGGAAAGAACCUGUCCAAGUACUGCGUCAGCUACGUGGACUCCAUCCAGCAGAUGAGGAACAAGUUUGCCUUCCGCGAGGCCAUCAACAAGCUGGAGAGCAGUCUGCGCGAGCUGCAGAUCUGCCCUGCUUCCACCGGGGGCGCCAGUGGAGCGCAGCAGGACUUCAGCAAGCUGCUCUCGUCUGUCAAAGAGAUCAGUGACAUCGUUCAGAGGUAGCAGAGAGGCCACAUUGACAUUGAGGGCAGGACAUGUUAGUGCCACUGGACGGUUUAAGCAUGACGCACACCUCAGAGGAAGACUUUAUUCAGCUUUACAGGAGGUCAGAGAACACUAAAGACUGGUUACUGUGUUCAGAAUCAAAAUUCAGAAGGUUCGUUUUCCUUAACUAUGGAGGCCUGGGCCCAAUUCUGCAUCAAUCAUGACACUAGACAAAACGCAUGUCACAUUCUUUCCUUUACUGUCGUGGUUUACAAUGGGAAGUGCACAUUGUCUCUACCUUUUUCCCCUUCGCUUGCUGCCGAUCUCUGAUGUGAAUGGUAAAGAUGUGCGACUGUCAGUAUUGCGCCAUAGAGGAAAGAAGACCUGGGAACAUCUUGCGUCUGAAUAAAGUGCCUUAACACUAUGGGGAAUUACUCUGUAAUUCUACUGAAAGCCAAACUAUAAACAGAGCAGUAUGACCUUACAAAUACUGCUUUCAGGCAGUCAUAUUCCAUACUGAACACUGUCUCCAACAAGAUACACCUUCUGGAGUUGGAUGGCUUGUAAUAAAUGGAGGACAUGCAAUUUGUCUUACUACUUAACAAACCAAUGAAAUCUCACUGUGUAGUCAGGGGGUGACCAAGACGUGUUUCUUUUCUACUUGUCAUUGAAAUAAUGAUUUCAGUUAAAUGUACCUUUGCCCUGUCUGACUGCGAUGCCAUCAACCACAAGCUGCCUUUAUUUCAAUGUUGACUCCUUGUUUUAUUCUUCCCAUAAAAAUCAUGCCACUA